CAAAACAAACACACGAAACACAGAUACACGCACGCGUCCAUUUGUGCAAUUUGGUUUGAGAUUCGGUGUGGAGGAACUGGAUGGCGAUUUUUGCUAAUAUUUUGCGAAAAACGAAGAUCGAAUUAUAACUGUUGGCUUUCCCCGUGCCGUCAAAUACUUCAAGCCUACAAUGCACCAGUAGAAAAGGAAGCACUAGGCAAACGUUCCCACAACACAGUGUGCGCCGGGAAACCAUGGAAGGAUGAUACACAGACUCCACGUCCAACCGGGCCUACUUGAUCGCUUGCUACACAACCAAACCACGCCAACAUUCUUUGUCUGCCGCUUUGCCUGCCUGCUACUGCGCACAAAAUGACUUCGGAACAGUCACCCACCUCCUGCAGCGAACGUGGCGGCGGCUACCACGAUCACACGCAAUGUUCGUCGAAAGGUGUCGGUGCAACCCAGUCGCUCAGUGAGCUGGAUUUUGACCGUGGCAUAUGGAGUGCAGCGAUGAACAAUGAGCUCGAUCGCUUGGAAAUGCUGAUCACCAGAGGGCACCUGCACGACCGGGACAGCUGUGGCUAUACGGCGCUGCAUUACGCUGCCCGUAGCGGUCACCCGGACGCUUGCCGACUGCUGCUGGCACGCGGUCUGGGAGUGGACGAAGUGACGAACGGUGGCGUUACGGCACUACACCGGGCUGCAAUGAUGGGACACUACAAAAUUGUGCAACUGCUCAUAGAAAGCAAAGCGAACGUACUGCACCGGGACAACGAUGGCCGAACGGCACUGCACCGGGCGGCCGAGGGAGGACACCUGCAGUGCUGCCAGCUGCUCGUACGCUUACACCCCGCCUUAUGCCAUAUGCAGGACGCGCUGCACAACCAGAAACCGAUCGAUCUCGUGCGUGAUGACGGGCACUGUGAUGCGGAUCGGUUAAGAAGCUUGCUGGCCGGGUAGUAGUAAUAUUAGUAGAAGUAGUGGGCACAGGAACCAUCUUCGGUGCCGUUUGCGCACGCAAAAAGCUUUCCGUUUUCCGAGCUGAGCUUACACUUACACAGCACUGCUGCAAUUAAUACACGCGGUUUGUCUUCCCGAAACUACUAAUACUCGCAAAGCAUGGCGCACUAUUUCUCUAUCCAAGGAUACAAUGAUUUUACUUAUGUCUCGGUCACAAACGCGUGUACGAAGGAUAGCGCCUUCGUGAAUGUUUUGGCAGUUUAGUGUGUGUUUUGUCAUCGCACAACUAAAGGGUGAUUUAGUUUUACCCAUUAGGUUCGUUUUUUUUUUUUUUGGUUAGUGUGUAAAAUGUGUAAUAGAAAAGUUUAAAUAAAUAAUAAACUAUAUGAUGAAA